AGAAGUAGCCAUAGCAGCUGUAUCAAAACAAGUUGAAUAAAUUGACAAGAAAUUGCAUUAAAACGUUUAAGAUUUACAUAAAAAUCGUUAAAAAUGACUACAGCAGCACGGCCCACAUUUGAUCCUGCCCGCGGUGGCUCUGGCCGUGGCGAAAAGGACUUGAGCGCUCUGAGUAAACAAUAUUCCAGCCGCGAUCUGCCAGGCCACACAAAACUGAAAUACAGAGAAACUGGCCAGGGUACCAGUGAGGAGAUCCGCAACCGUGACUUCCGCAAGGAGUUAGAAGAGCGUGAGCGCGAGGCACGCUCUGGUGUUAGUUCUGGCAAGGCAUUGCCUUCCAUUGUGCGCAAGGCCAUUGAGGCUAACAGUGCUAGCGGUAGUGGGAGCAGCAAACGCACCAAGCUCGAUAGCCAAGUGCAACAGCAACAACAACAGCAAGCCCCCAAUCUGGAUGCCGAUGAGCCCAUAGAUAAUGACAGCUCCGAUUCGGACAGUGAUUCCGACGAUGAUGAUGCAGCACUCUUGGCCGAGCUACAAAAAAUCAAGCAGGAGCGUUUGCAAGAGAACGCACGCCGUGAGGCAGAAAAGAAACAGGAGGACGAACGCAUACGCAUGGAAAACAUUCUGUCUGGUAACCCGCUGAUCAACUAUGAGCCAGGCACAGCAGCCUCAGCGGCGGGUCGUGGUUCGGGCAAUGGCGAUCUAAAAAUCAAGCGUCGCUGGGACGAUGACGUCGUCUUCAAAAACUGCGCACGUACAGCACCAGAGAAAAAGACUCAUUUUGUAAACGAUGCGCUGCGUUCCGAUUUUCACAAGAAGUUCAUGGACAAGUACAUUAAGUAAAAGACAGACAUGAUUUCAAAUUCAUUUGCGCUUCUAGUCAGAAGUAGCAAUUUUCUUUGUAUUAGUUAUAUUGUAAACUAUUUUUUUGUCGCCGUUUAAACUAAUUAAUAUAUACAAAGAUUUGGUACAAUUGA